GCCCAUAGGCCAUAGUACGCUUGUAAAAGGACAAACCCUAAAUCCUAACAGUGUCUGUCUAAAUCUUCUCUCGCUAAGGUCUCCCACUUAUCAUUCUCAGAAACACCCGCCUGAUGAUGAGCCCAUUUGCCUCAACAUCCUAGGGAAUUAGCUCUAAGACUUUCCAUAUUUGAAGUUAAACUGUUCUUUGUGACCAAGAUGGAGCAGUAUGAAAAAGUUGAAAAGAUUGGUGAAGGCACGUAUGGUGUAGUAUACAAGGCCCGUGAUCGUGUAACUAAUGAAACUAUCGCACUUAAGAAGAUCCGGCUGGAACAGGAGGAUGAGGGAGUUCCAAGCACGGCUAUUAGAGAGAUCUCUCUCUUAAAGGAGAUGCAGCAUGGAAACAUUGUCAGGCUGCAGGAUGUAGUCCACAGUGAGAAACGAUUAUAUCUGGUAUUUGAAUAUCUUGACUUGGACUUGAAAAAGCAUAUGGAUUCUUGCCCAGAGUUCUCCAAGGAUUCACACCUGAUAAAAAUGUUUUUGUAUCAAAUACUCUGUGGAAUUUCUUAUUGUCAUUCCCAUAGAGUUCUCCAUCGAGAUCUGAAGCCUCAAAACUUGUUAAUAGAUCGUCGUUCCAACUCACUAAAACUUGCAGACUUUGGUUUGGCUAGAGCAUUUGGCAUUCCUGUCAGGACUUUUACUCAUGAGGUGGUGACACUAUGGUAUAGGGCGCCAGAGAUACUGCUUGGAUCACGCCAUUACUCUACUCCAGUUGAUGUGUGGUCAGUUGGUUGUAUAUUUGCUGAGAUGGUGAACCAGCGGCCAUUGUUCCCUGGGGACUCAGAGAUUGAUGAACUCUUCAAGAUUUUCAGAGUAAUGGGUACUCCAAAUGAGGAUACAUGGCCUGGAGUGACUUCUCUGCCUGAUUUCAAAAGUGCCUUUCCAAAAUGGCCUCCUAAGGAUCUAGCUACUAUGGUGCCAAAUCUGGAUGCAGCUGGCCUUGAUCUCCUUUGCAAAAUGCUGUGCCUGGACCCCAGCAAAAGAAUCACUGCGAGGAGUGCCCUUGAGCACGAGUACUUCAAGGAUAUUGAGUUUGUGUCUUGAUUCUUUGUGUCCAUAUCUUGAAUACAGUAUAUAUUGUUAUGCCAUCUGCAGGGUUCCAUUCUGUUAGAUGUGUGUGCUUGUCGAGAGGUUUUUUAUUUUUUAUUUUUGGAUGUUUUAUUUCCCUCGGAAUGUGAUUCGAUUUAUGAUGUGUUAUUGUCACGGUUUUAGAUGUAGUAUUUGGCUUGUUUUUAUUUUCCAGUUCACCAUCCUUGUAACUGUAUGUUUGCUCCGACACAUUGGAAUGUUGUUUUCAUCUUAAAUAGAUUGAUUGAUUGAUAAGGUUUGUUUGCCACAAGCCUUGCCCAUUACAA